CGCCCCCCGACGCGACCGUAACCUGGGGCAACAGCCCCGCUCUAGCCUGCACGCUGGGGACGAGCGGCUCUGGGCCUUCCUUCCCUCGCGGUCCCGUUAAAGAGUCUGAGUGGACGUGGCCACGUCCCCGCCCCGGGGAAGAGUUCCCAGGACACUUGGCAGGCGGGUGGCAGAACCGAGGAAGGAAGCAACCCUCCGAGCGGGAAGAACAUGUUAAAAACUAUAAGCAGUCACCCCAGCAAUGGAUCUCUGUCAGGAAAGUGAGACUGUUGCAGAAAAUGACGAACAUGAGAAAAUUCAAGGCGCAGAGGAAACCAUGCAGACUUUAAGUUGUCCAGAUGAGAGAAACGAAAGGAAUCACGUCUGCUGUCUUCUCGGUGUCAGCGACCUCACGUUGGAAGAGGAUGAGCGGGUCAAAGAGUUUGCCAUCGGCACUGGGUGGGAAGAAGCCGUCCGCGGCUGGGGACGAACCUCACCAACUGCCUGCAUCUGGUCAAAGAAGAAAGUGAAAAAGGGGAGGGUAGGAGAAAGCACUGGUGGAGGCAGCGACUGCUUAUUCUGUAUGAGUCUUUCCCAAGGGAGUCUGGAGGCUUCUUCCCUCUCAGAGGUUGGGAAACUGGAGGCCGGUGCUGUGGCUAAGGUGAGCCCCGAGAAGAACUGGAGCCCCGAGAAGAACUGGUGCAGCCCCUCCCAGGACCCCAGCACUGAUUCCAGAGAGCCCACGAAACUCUGCUUUCCCACAUACUUGCAUGGAGAAAAAAAAAGCCUGCAAAUCAAGGAAUUUAUCUGGUGCAUGGAAGAGUGGGCCAUUCCCGAGACCGUUAGUGGCAAGACCUGCAGAAACCCCUGCGGAAGCACUGACCGGGGCCUCUCCACCUCCGACUCUCUCGCAUCCAAGGCCCUCGUGGUUCUGCCCCCACUGAAAAGCUGUACCCCCAACAGCUUGGAUGUCCUGAGCAAGAAGGACAGGAAUAUUUUCUGGCAGCCGGAAGAGAAGGCACAAAAGGGAGAAAAGGACGAGUGCGUGGCUUGUCCAGAUAGGUUGAAAACAGUCGAUGGGAAAGGAGAAAAGAGACACUUCGAGCUGGCCAGCCACCUGAAGGUCACCGAGCAACUGCCUUUCCCGCCACCUAUGGUCCGGACACACCUGCUGGCGGCAGAGUCCCAGAGGUGCUGCUUGCGCUGGUCCCUCCUGCCCCAGAAGAGCUCUACGUAUCCAUCCAACCCCGACAACAUCCGUUAUCUUGCCACCUUGCAGGUUUUGCAAAAACAGGGAAUGCCAAGCUACAGAAGCAGACUCAAAGGCAAGGAAUCCAAACCUCCUAAGAACACUCCCAGACACAUCCCUGGGGAGGCUAAGCAGGAAAGCAGGUCCCGGGCGCUAGCAAGUAAAAUGUUCCCCAAACCUCUCUUGCCAUCCCUCACAGUGAGCAGGGUUGUCAUCCCCGUCUCCACGCACAGAGUCCUCUGAUUGGUCACAAUAUAGUUUCCUGGGAAUGA